CGCUGCUCAACUUUUUUCAUUUAAAAAGCACCCCAGGUAUAAUACGAUAUAUUUAUACUUGGUAUUGAUAUCGGAAACGUAUUUUUAUCAACCAGGAAAUCAAGUGUACGUUUGACGAUUUUUGUUACGAUCAUAUACCAUGGGCAAGCCCAGAACCCAGAAAAAGAAGACAUCUAAAUCCCGCGCAAAGUCCGUCCUCGGUCCUGGCGGCUCAAUAUCAAAGCAGAAGAUGAACCAAGACCCCUCGAAGCUCCUUGAGCAGGCUACGACCCUCCUUCAGACAGGCCGGGCCGAUGAAGCGCUUUCGCUAGCUCAGCAAGCCCUCAAUAAUGCGCCCGCCAAUUCGCCCGAUCAACUGUCCGCUAUAAACUCGGUCGCAGAAAUCUACGUUGAGCUUGGAGAGAUCGAUACUGCACGAGAGUAUUUUAUUCGCUCAGUGGAAUUGGACCCGAAUGGCACAAUACCUGAAUCCCAAGGAGGGGGCGCCGAGAAGUUCCUUUGGCUGGCUCAAUUGAGCGAAUCUGGAGGAGUUGAGAGUGUCCAAUGGUUCGAAAAGGGUGUUUCAUCCCUCAGACAUAUCAUCCAACAGUUUGAGGGGAAAACCGAUUCGGAAAGCACCGCUGCUUUGGAAGAAAAGAAGAAGAAAUUGGCAAAUGCUCUGUGUGGAGUUGCCGAGAUUUACAUGACUGAUCUCUCUUGGGAAGAAGAUGCAGAGGCCCGCUGCGAGGCCCUCAUUACAGAGGCUCUCCAAGUUAACCCCACCGCACCCGAAGUGCUACAGACUCUUGCAUCCAUCCGGAUAUCACAACUGCGAACAGACGAUGCCCGAGAAGCGCUGUCGAAGAGUCUGGGGUUGUGGAAAGACUUGCCCCCCGAAGACCUAAGAAUCCCGGAUUUCGCGACGCGAAUCAGUCUUGCCCGUCUCCUAAUGGAGGUUUCCAUGGAGUUUGAGGCAAUUCAAGUGCUUGAACGUCUGAUCCUGGAAGAUGAUCAAAGUGUUGAGGCAUGGUACCUAGGAGGAUGGUGUCUUUAUCUUCUGGCCGAAAAGCAACAAGCGCCUGAAGAGGCGGAAGCUGAAGAAGAAACACCUGAGGCCAGACGCCAUGCAUCGCUAGUCGCCAGUCGCGAGUGGCUCAAACAAAGCUUGACGCUCUACGGCCUCAUUCAAUACGAAGAUGAGAGACUCAAAGAGCACGCUCUCGAGCUGGUCCAGGGCAUGAACAAAGAAAUCGGCGAGGACAUGGAUGAAGAAGAAGAAGGUGAAGAGCAAGUAGGCGAAUGGGAAGAUGACGAUUCGGACGAAGACGACGAAAUGGCGGAUUCAUAAAAUAGUAGCACGCACUAUAUUCUCACGAAACACGGGAUUUUGUCAUGAUACCAAUAGAGAAAAGAGAGAUGCCCUCCUAAUGAAAAGUGUUUUUGAUCAUGUAUAUCCCCAACGUAUCACAGCUGCCCUUGUAGAUGCCGCAUGAUCACCCCCGUCUUGCCACUCUCGGUCUCUUUGUCGCGCAAUAUCAAGGCAUCGGCGCCGGAUUAAGU